GCGAUGUUACAACGGUCCGGCCCCCAGCUGCUUCUCCUAAUAGCCCUGUGCAGUGUGUUGUACUCCCGGACUCUGAGUCUGCCAUACACAUCCAUGAGACCAGCGAGACACGCAGACGGUCUGUUCACCAGCGGAUACAGCAAACUCCUGGGACAGCUAUCAGCGCGGAGGUACCUGGAGUCUCUGAUCGGAAAGCGGGUCAGUGACGAGCUGAUGGAGGAGCCAGUGAAGCGCCACUCAGAUGCCAUCUUUACAGACAACUACAGCCGCUUCCGCAAACAGAUGGCCGUCAAGAAGUACCUGAACUCAGUCUUAACAGGGAAGAGAAGCCUAGAAGACCCUGGAAACAGCGACCCCGAGGAGUCCAGGGACGAUCCCAACACCUUCCAGGAGAGCUACGAUGAUAUCAACGUAGAUCACCUCCUAAACAACUUUCAACUGCCACUUUGA